AUGUCCAAUCUAUAUUCAUCAAUCAUGUACACCGCCUCGUUUGCCUUUUUCGAAGCUCUCUGGGAAGCUGGGAUUUCCCAUUGUUUUGUCAACCUGGGCUCUGAUCAUCCAAGUAUCCUGGAAGCUAUGGUCAAAGGCCAAAGAGAAACCCCAGACAGGUUUCCUAAGAUUAUUACAUGUCCGAAUGAGAUGGUAGCUCUUUCAGCAGCUCAUGGUUUUGCGCAAGUUACUGGCAAGCCUCAAUGUGUCAUUGUCCAUGUAGAUGUUGGCACACAAGGUCUUGGUGCUGCUGUUCACAAUGCUUCAUGUGGUCGCGUUCCUGUUCUGAUAUUUGCUGGCCUAUCCCCCUUCACUCAAGAAGGAGAAAUGCGUGGCAGCCGAACCGAAUUCAUCCACUAUAUUCAGGACGUACCAGAUCAACGUGCCAUCGUUGCACAGUACUGCCGCUAUACGGCUGAGAUCAAAACAGGAAAAAACAUUAAACAGAUGGUCAACCGUGCUCUCUCGUUUGCCAUGUCAGACCCAAAAGGCCCAGUGUACCUUACUGCAGCUCGAGAGGUAUUGGAGGAAGAUAUUGAGCCGUACCAUCUAAACCAAAGCGUUUGGGACCCUGUCUCGCCUGCUGCGCUGCCCGAGGACGCUGUAGAAACUAUUGCAGAAGCUUUUCUUGCGGCAAAAGAGCCGCUGGUAUUGACAGGAUAUGCCGGGCGUAAUCACGAGGCUACGAGGGAGCUUGUGAAGCUUGCGGAUGGUUUACCAGGAGUGAGAGUUCUUGAUACCCUUGGUAGUGAUAUGUGUUUCCCUUCAAAUCAUAUCUCUUCCUUGGGUCUUGGGUACGGUGUACACGAACGCAUCAGAACCGCAGACAUGAUAUUAGUUAUUGAUUGCGACGUGCCUUGGAUCCCAACUCAAUGCAAACCCUCGCCUACAGCAAAAAUCUAUCACAUCGAUAUUGAUCCGCUGAAGCAGCAAAUGCCCGUUUUCUAUAUCGAUGCACAUGCUCGGUACAGAGCGGAUGCUUUUACUGCACUGAGACAGAUCAAUGCUCGUAUCUCAGCAUCUCCGAAGCUCCAACAUAUAGAUACGGCAUCCCGUUUAAAAACGUUGGAAGCUGAGCACAAAAAGCGGAUGGACGAAUUUGUAGAACUUGCAAAGCCCAGAGAGGAUGGCAUGGUUUCGGCGGCAUAUGUGACAAAGCGCAUGAGGGAAAUCAUGCCUAAGGACGCAGUUGUACUCCUAGAAGCGGUUACUCAAACAGUAGCUGUGGCAAAUCAGCUGCAAAGCGUAGAGCCGGGCAGCAUCAUAGGCUCAGGCGCAGGUGGACUUGGGUGGUUUGGAGGCGCAGCAAUUGGAGCAAAGCUGGGGCUCGAUAACGGUAAAAAUAACUCCGGUAAAUUCGUUGCCGCCGUCGUUGGUGACGGAACGUUUCUAUUUGCUGUGCCAGCAUCAGUAUAUUGGAUUUCUCGCCGUUACAAUAUCCCCUUUUUGACUAUUGUGCUGAACAAUGAUGGCUGGCACGCCCCCUUGCGAUCUGCAAAACUCGUACAUCCUGAUGGAUAUGCAGCUCAUGCAACCAAUGAAGAGCUGAAUAUUUCUUUCAGGCCUUCACCAGAUUACGCUGGAAUUGCGAAAGCGGCAGCAGGCGGCCAGGUUUGGGGAGGAACCGCCCAUAAUAUUGAAGAAAUGGAGAAGUUACUAGUGGAGGCGAUCGAGACAGUGAAGGGUGGAAUGAGCGCUGUCCUGGAUGUACACAUCGUUUAG